AUGCAGUUGCGGGACUUCGUGCAUCUAAGCCUUGGUCCAGGUCUGAGCUCAUUCCGGACAAUGGUGUCUUCAUCCCGGCGCGUGAACAUGCAACCGGAUGUUGAUGCGAGCCGCUUCCCAACGCCUGAGCAGGACCCACCUUCCAGCCCAUGCGCUGGAAGAAGAUUCCUGCGCUUCGGAGAUCCGAGUUUCAUCUCGCCUCCUUCUUCAUAUUCACUUUCGGCCAGCUCGCCAACUUCCCCGACAUCACCGGCAUCUACACAGUCAUGUUCGCCACGAGCUACCAGUGCUCCGCCUGCGUCAUGUGUGUCAGAGGCAGCUGAAGAAGAGGAAGAAGAGGAUGACGAGAGUGACAUGAAGUUUGUUCAGGCAGUCACCGAUCGCCGUCACAGAACGAAACUGCGCUACAGUGUGGCUUGCGCACGCAGUGUCGAUGCUUUGCCAUCCCUGGAAGUCAUCAGGCCGCAGAAGUCCAGCUUGUGGCUCCGGAGGAGGCGAACAACCAGUUCGGGAUCGGUCCACAGUGGCGGCGAGGAUGAUCAGGAGCCGAAGACCCCGACUCUGGGAAGGUCCCUCAGCGCCGACAUUCAGACAGAUUGGCUUGCGAUCUGA